ACAUUUUGUUGCAAAGGAGAAGUUAGCCUUCUCAAAAAUGAAUGGAUUGGUUGAGUUACAAGAAAUGAAUGGAGUAAAAAACCGUCUCUUGUCACAAAUCUGAUCACUCUUGCAUUAAUAUAAUAACACACAUUGCCAAUAAAAUGAGGGAAAAAAUGGUCUCAACAAUUAAAAGUGCUGGUUCUUGGAUCUGUCUUACAGUAGAUGAAAGCACUGCAUUUGGGAGAAGCUACCUCAUCCUAUACCUCAGAGGAGAUGUGACAGGAGAAGGUGAGACAGAAAACAUGUUUUUUGGAUUUGAUUGAGCUGGAGGAAGGAACAACUGCUGAUGCCAUAUACAAAGCUCUCAAAAAGAGUCUCCUGGAAGCUGACCUGGAUGAUGCAUACCUCAAGUCUCAUCUGAUUUGCAUAACAACAGAUGGGGCAUCUGUGAUGACUGGAAGACAGAGUGGUCUUAUCACAAGGCUGAAGAAAGACUAUCCUUUGCUGGAGAGUAUCCACUGUCUUGCUCACAGGCUUGAGUUAUCAAACAGAAGCACUUCUCUUAUGGAGGCCACACGAGAAAUAAAGAUGACAAUUGAGGUGUUGAAGGCUUUCAAGAUCACCCCAGGGAAGUCAAUGGAGAAAGCAGCAGAAGCUGUUAAAGUAGGAGAAUUCAAACAAGUGCCCUUACGUUCAAGCAAGGAAAAUGUAAAUCGAUUCCUAUUCCUCCAAGCCAUCAUCGACAGUCUCUCUUCACGAAUGCCUGACACAAAUCUUACAAAGAUUAUAACACCACUGGAUCCCCUAAACUGGCCAAAAUCCAGGGAGUCUCUUAUUCUCUUUUGGGAGGAAGAGAUCCACGACCUGGCAAAGAUGCUUGAAGUACCAAGUAGGGAGGCAGUUGAGGACUUCAGAAAUUGGGAGCUCAACAAUGAUCAGAAUGGGAAGGUCCUCAAAAAGUUGUUGACUGCUAGCAAAACAUACCUGGCAAGUUCUUCUGAAUGUGAAAGAGGCUUCUCUGUCCUCAAUGCCACUGCCACAGAUGCAAGGAAUCGCCUUCAGGUCAGGAGCCUCUCUGCAGUACUUUUCUUUGACAUUAAUGGCCCCCCUCUCAAGAUGUUUGACGCUUACCCGUAUAUUCAGUCUUGGCUUAGGGAGAAACAUUGUCUGUCAACUGCCAGUAAAACAGGGAGACGAGACAAAUCUGAGCUUUGACACAAUUCGAACACUGUA